ACGUAAACAGAGACAAACUGACGUAAAUAAAUAAAUGCAAACAUAAAUAAGACAAAAAAAAAAUAAUAAAUAAAUUUCAAAUGAGCACCACUAUGACUUGUAUUCGUGUCACUUCUUAUUUAACGAAUAACAGAACUCUAACAAAUAUAUUAAAUACAAGAAGAAUCCAUUUUAUAUCCAGUUUUAAGAGCGAUAAAUUAUCAACUUGUAUUAGAGAUCCUCUGAGUGAUAUUUUUUCUACAAACUACUGUCUCGUGAAUAGCUCAGUUAUACCAGCUCAAAGGUAUUUAUCAACUAGCAAAAUUAUGUGGGAGAAAUCAGAAGUCAAAUUAUCAAAAAAGCAUCAGCUUAAGAAAGCAGUCAAAGAAUAUGGAUCGACAGUAAUAGUGUUUCACGUAACAAUAUCUUUGGCUUCACUUGGAUUUUUUUAUCUUUUGGUCUCAAGUGGAAUUGAUAUGCAGCAAGUAAUGACUUAUUUCGGAGUGAAUUACAAAUUUGUAGAAAAUGCAGGAACAUUUGUUACUGCUUAUGCGAUUCAUAAACUUUUUGCCCCUGUAAGAAUCAGCAUAACUUUAGGUGCAACUCCAUUCAUCGUCAGAUAUCUGAGAAAUAAAGGAAUUUUACGUAAAACAGUUUAAGGGUAAAUACUGGUUUCAUAAGUUAUUUCAAGUUACCAAAAUAUCCAUGAGGUCUAAAAAAAGAUCUCUUUCUGGUAUCAGGUAGUAUUUUGAUAAAUACUAUAACUGAAAGAUUUCAUAAUGUGAAUUAAUGAACUAUUGGAGAUGCUCAGUUUUCCAUACUUUUGAAAUCGAAAACUUCUAGCUUGAACUAAUUGAACAAUUGUUUCAUUUUAAUAAUGGGAGUAGGUUAUGGGAAUUAUUUUUUGCAAUUAUAAGACUCAUAUUUUUC